GACUAUUGUACUGUGUCAGUCCUGGGCCUUACUUGCUAAACGCCAGCUUUCUGUAUACCCAUCAUACACUUAACCACCCACUGGAAAUGGGCAGAAUUGAAAACAGGAUGGAUAAACCACAGGAUGGAUGGGGCCAGGACUAGAACAGCUCCCCGCCAGUGCUCCUGUUGUUUCCUGAUCGUCCCAGCUGACAAGUAUCUGGGUACCCCUGGCAGCUGCCCGGUGGUGUGUGCAAGCCUAGGAUGUUUAAAUACCCCUCUCCAUGGCAGGUGCUGUGCAGCAGUUUGGAGAAGAGAGAGCAGGUUCAGAGUUUUGAACAUGAGCACAGAGUCGGAGUGACCCAAAGUCCUGGCAAGGUGUCAGUUAGUGGUGAAGAAGGAAGCUCGAACCAACCAGAAUCUGAGUUAUCCGAAGUUUACAGAAAUGAGUAUGACAAAACAGACUCUACUCAGACUAUAGCAGAAAUCUCAACACCGUAUCAAAUUAUUGGUUCCUUGAAUACUGACUCAAAUACAGAAGAUUUACAAAACAACAAUGAAGACAUAAAGAAUGCAUUCAAAUUAAUAGAACUAAGAUCUGAAACACAAACUGAAAGGGAAUUGAAUGUGCAUACAACGAACAUUCAUGAGGAUGAAGAAAUAAAUAAUAUUUGUGAAGUGCGAAGGCAAAAUACCACUAACACAGAGGCAAAUACUGCUCCCGACGUAACCAUGGACAGAGUGACCAGAAGCCCAAUCUUUUCUCUCUCCUCAUCCAGAAGUAUAGAUGGUUCCCGGGAAGAUCUGGCUAAUGCCACACCUGAAGAAAGCCAAUGGGGAGAUAAGAGAAAGGAUGUUUGGAUUCCCCCACCAGACCGAAAUAGUAAGUUGAAAGUGCUGAGGGAGGAGGAACGUUUUGAACUACGUUCACAUCGUUCAGAGACUAGCCCAAGCAAGCUCUUUGUUGACAGUGAUGAUGAAGAUGGUGGAAAAUCUAGGUUAGGUUCACGUCAGUUUACCCCAGAGAAAACAUGGGAGCUUGAACAGGAAAGAAAAGACAUUAUCAAAAAGCAAGGUCAGCGUAAAAGUUUGGACGCAGAAGAGUUGAUCAACAUAGAAGACGGCAAUGAUUCCACAUUUCCAAACAAAGAAGUGAAUGGACCAUCUGGUGGUCAAGCUACAGCAAAUGUAGACAUGGAACAGAUUAAUUUUGAAGCUGCCAGGCAGCAGUUUGUAAUGUUAGAAAAGAAGAGGAACAGUCUGCCUAUAACCCCUCGACUCCAGCACAGACCACCUAGGUUCUUUUCUCAGUCUCAAUACGAAAAUGACAGCUAUUCAGAUGUUGCCAAGCCCAAAGAGUCUUCCAUAUUGGAGCAGGACAUGAAAGAAUAUAAAAAUAAAGGUACUGUCACCCAAGAAACAACUGGUAGGGAAAGAAGUACCAGUUUACUUCGUAAACAGUUCUUAAUGGAUUUUACUUUAGAUUCUGUAGAUAAUGGAGAGCAGGAAGAGUCAACUGAAGGGGAGGCUUCACAGUUGAUAUCCGAAGAGAAAGAUAACAACAUUCCAAACCCCAGUGAUGAGACUCCUAUUGAAAGAGAAAUCCGUCUUGCAUUGGAAAGAGAGGAAAAUUUAAGGAGAGAAAGAGGGAUUCAGCAUUCAGUGGAAUCAAAUGAGAUCGUAGAAAUACAAAAAAAUCCAGUGCUGUCUAUUUCCCCAGAAAAACCGAUGUCCAAAAAGAUUAAAGACAAAGCUCGCACUGCCUUCUUCCUUCAAAGAGAAAUUCAAAAAGAAGAGCAAAGGGAAGCCGAUUUAAAAAAUGAAGGAAAAGUGGCUGGGCUUUAUGAUAAAGGAAACGCCCAAGAAUUAGAUGAGCGCAGAAAGUUGUUUGAGCUGCCAGAUGAAAUACCGGUUCAGCCACAGAAAACAACAACCAAAACGACCUCCAAGGAAAUCCUAGCUGACAUCCAAGCUAAUACAAACCAGAGGGACUCAGGGGAGGAAAAUGAGACCACUAAUUUCACAGUCAUUGAUGCUCCUUUACCCUACAGUGUAAGAACUAAGUGGAAACCAACACCACUCAACUCCUACAGAACCAGAAGGCUAAGUAUUGAUAAUAUUCUAGAUGUAUGGACACCUCCUGAAACCCCUACAGCUCAGGAAACUUCGGAGGAAACAUUUGUUCACAAAGAGAAUUUCCAAGUUCAGCCUUUGAAGUUCAGCAUACACGUACAAGAAGGUCAGGCUGAAGAGGAAAAGGACGUUAAGAUGGAGAAAACGCCAGAAUCUGCUAAUGGCGGUUUGAAAUACAAUAUGAGGCUAAGGCCUUCACGUUCUAUUGUGAUUGAGGAAGAAAUCCGCAAAACAUUAGCGAGAGAUCAGGAAUUACAAGAUCAAAGACGAAAUAGUGAACUUACUCCUGUUGUCACAUCCAAAGAUGACCAUUAUGGAUAUAAUCAGUAUGGAAGGCCAUCGCUAACAUCAGAUGGUUCAAAAACAUGGUCUUCCUCAUCUAGGAAAAGCAGUUCACGCAGCCCUUUACCUUCCUACACACCAAAUGUACAAAUGUUAACACCAAGAAUAUACCCCAAAAUAGUUUUUGCUGAGUCUGAAUCAGGCAGCUUGAAAAAACAUGAAGACUGGUAUGCUGGCAUUGAACCAAGUGAUGCUGUCAACACAGAGAUUGUGAAGUCCACCCGCGUAAAUCGACGCAAAAACAAAAUGGCACUGCGCUGGGAAGCUGGCCUAUACACCAAUGAGCCAAGCGAGUAGCUCAGAGAAAGUAGCUGGACCUUGCAGUGGUGUGCAUGUUAAAACUGCUGUUAAUUUAUUGUGUUUUUCUAAAUUCAAAAGAAUGCCAAAAGAACGAUGGAUUACUGUACUGUGCUGUAAAGGGAAAUCCUUGAAUAUUGAACAUUAUGUGCCUGUACAAAGAAGAUCCCUGUGAAAAUCAGUGCCAGAUUUUUCAUGCAGCUGCCCUCAGGCUGCCACGGUUGUACUGCACUGUCCAUAUGAUCCAAGGAUGGCCACUUGUCAUUUCAGUAGUGGCAACUGGUAGCUGAACUGCUGCUGUUGCAAGAGAGCAAAGCUAUAAUUUACAUUUCAAAUGGAAAAGCUUGGAUUGCCAAUAGCAGACUCUAGUAAUAUAACCCGUUAAACUUGCUGAGAGCCAUUGCCGUAUAAACGUUUAACACUGUUAAAACCUUAGCCACAGCCAGAUCUUUAGGCAAACUGCUCAUAGUACUCAUAUUGGUUGUGCUGUGUAACCCAACAAAAUAUCUGAUUUAUUUGAGAUUUCAAGUCAAGACGGGUUAAAGAAGAAUUCCAGGAAUGGCAUUUUUUACAUAGUUACAUCAAUUUAGCGAGGGCCACUGUAACUAUGCAUA